UUAUUAAAAUAUUUAUAUAAACGUCUAAGUGGUCGAUAAACGUUGUCAAUGUUUCUUAUAGUACCCAUUGAACUAAUGUGAAUAUGUAUUAAGGUAUUCAAUUCAUUAGUUUAUUAUUUACGCUAACACGAUGAGAAAUGACAAGGAAAAAGAAGCUGGCGCUUUCAUAUUGAAGAAUUACGGACAAUUCUUUAAGAGACAAUAUCAAGACCAUCUCCAAAUAUGCGGCCCCACAAGUUUGGUAGAAAAUAAAACUUUCUUACCCAUAAAAAUUGAUAUGAUACCCAGUGAACAUAUCCCUAUUCCAGAAUUAGUUGCUUCCGAUAAUAUCAUAAUGACGAAAGUUUUAGGGGUCUUAAGCGCAUUGUGUGUAGAAGUUUCUACUUUGAAAAAGGAAGCAUUUGAAAGGCAUUUUCUAUUCUUAGCUGUUUAUGAAGAAUACCCUGAAAGUGAUAUUGCUUCACAAAUGGAGUCAAUAUGUUUAUUGAAUGCAUUUAUUUCUCAUUGCAAUGACACACUACAGAACCUAUGCAACCAAGUAUUUGCCAUUGUAUCUGAGAGCCAUAUAAAUCUUAAUGGAAUACAGCUUCACUAUAUUAUUAAUAAUAUAGGAGAGCUAUUCACAAUCAUAAUCUUAUUAGAAUUAUUAAUAUCUAGAACAUCGCUGCCUACUAAAUGGAAUAGUUAUUGUAAAAGCUUGAAGACAUUGGCAUCAGAAAAUUUAGAUACAUGUGAUGAGAAAUUUAAAGCAAUUUUAGGUGCCAUUGAUAAUAUUACAGCCAAAAUAAUGAGUGAUGAUAUUGUUCAAAAUACACUUCACAAUUUGUUAAAUCUUAGGAAAAAUAACUUGAUUGGAAAAAAUUGCACUACUAUCACUUCAGAAUUUUCACAGUACAUAAAACAAGCGCUCAGUAACUUAGAAAAAUUAGUUCAAGAAAAACCUACCACAGAAAAUAUGUACAAAUGCAUAAAAAUCAAUUCCCUUUUUGUGCUAAGCUCACAUUUAUUUGGAGGUGAUAAAAAGAUAUUUAAGGCUUUAGUAGAUUUAAACACAAAGGCACACAGUAUUCACAUCAUUGGAACAACAAUGUGGUUCCCAGAACAGUUUUUGCAAAGGUAUUCACCGUCACUUUUUUCAAAUCAUGGCAAAUUAUCUCAAACUAUGCUGAAAGCACGACAAUCCUAUAUGAAUGCUAAGAAAUUAUCGCUGUCUAGAGAUGUAGCAAUUUUACAAUCUAUUUCCUCUCAGUGGAUAUUAAAUGUAGAGGAACAAUUUUCAAAUUAUAUUAAAUUAAAUGCAGCAGAAAUGAAUCUUCAUGCUAAAAUAAUAUUAGAAGGACUUGAAAUUGCAUCCACUAUUUAUCAUUCUCUCUUAACUUUUCUAAAUUUACACUUGUCCCUCGGAAUACCUUUAUCGAAACAGACUCUAAUGUCUCUAUUUGAAAUCAUUGAUAUAUUGAAAAGCGUAAAAAUUGCCGUUACUCGUAAUAGUAAUCAGAUCAUAAAUUCAACAACGAUGAUAAUUCAACAUUUGCUUUUUCAAACGGCGUCUUCUAUCCAAGAGGUAAAGAAAAUGUUAAUGUGCGAUAAGAAAUACGCUAGCAAAAAGUUAGAUGAGCUCACUUGUAUUGUAAUUGCUGAACAAGCUGUGAAAGGUGCGGCUACAGUCGAACGUAAUAUUGCUACGAAUAUUGCGUUAAGUUUUGUUCCGGACUCGACAUAUGUUGACGACACUUACGUAAAAUUGGGAACAUUAUUGGAAAAAAUUCAAAUUUUGACUCAAUUUCUUAAUAAUAUGGACAAAUAUUGCAAUUGUUCAUGGAUGUUGUGGCAUCAGAAUAUAAUUCCUGUUUAUUUUGAUCAACCAUUUAGUCGCCACUUAAAUGCACUUAAAUUAAAAAACUUCUUUAUGGUAUUUGAAGAUUGUGCAGGUCUCCUAUACAAAACUGACAAGUAUUAUGAGUAUGCUAAAAUAAGAGACAUCUUAAACUCCGCCACCGAUAUAAUUGACGAAAAAAUAUUGAACGAUAUGAGUCAAAAUAUAGAGACAAACUUACGUUUACAUACGCAUUCACAUUUAAAAUUGGAUAUAGUCAACCCUUUUACGGAUGACAUGAUAAAGAAAAUAUUACUGAUAGCAAAUAAUUUAAGAAUUUCCAACAUUUACACGAACGUGGUGCCUAAUGUAGAACAUUAUUUAUCUAAAACCUUCUACAAUUUAACCACAGUUGUUCUCUCGGAUUGGAAAACUUACGGAGAAAUGCGACAAAUGGCUAAACUUAAAUUUAGUUUAUCAACGGUACAAGAUGAUCUUCCUAAACAAACAUUAGAGCAAGGUUUAGAUAUAUUGGAAAUUAUGCGGAAAAUACACAUCUUUGUUUCAAAAUAUCAUUACAACUUGAAUAAUCAGAUUUUUGUGGAAAAAAGUAGUAACAACAAGCAUUUAAAUUCCAUUAAUAUAAGGCAUAUUGCAAAUUCAAUCAGAACUCAUGGUACAGGAAUAAUGAAUACCACUGUCAAUUUUACAUAUCAAUUUUUGAAAAACAAAUUCUUUAUCUUUUCUCAAUUUAUGUUUGAUGAGCAGAUUAAAUCAAGACUAAUUAAAGAUUUAAGAUAUUUUAAAGAAAACGCCCACUCCAGUGGCAAUAUGUAUCACUAUAAACAUGCAGAAAAAUUCAACAAAGGCAUAAAAAUGUUAGGUUUAGCCGAAGAUGGUCAGAGCUAUUUGGAUUUAUUCAGAGACCUUAUAACUCAAAUAGGUAAUGCCAUGGGAUAUGUACGAAUGGUCCGAUCGGGUGGCCGACAUUGCUGUUCUGACGCAACUGCAUUUCUACCAAGCCUCAUCAACAAAUCAUUUAAACAGCUAUGUCUAGAAAACUCCAUCGGGGAUAAAGCAACCGAGGCUGCAGAGAAUUUAGAUAGUAAUAUUAAUGAUCUGGUAUCUAAUUUUGUAGAAGGCACUGAAUAUUUUAAAUUACUUGUUGACGUUUUUGCACCAGUGUUUAGGAAUCCUAAAAAUGUUCAUUUGAAAAAUUUCUUCAUAAUUGUGCCACCAUUAACCCUCAAUUUUGUUGAACACAUGAUAUUAUCAAAGGACAAAAUGUCAAAGAAAAAUAAAGCAGGAGCCGCCUUUACAGAUGAUGGUUUCUCUGUUGGUGUAGCAUACAUUCUGAAAUUACUAGAUCAGGAUGCAAAUUUUGAAUCACUUCAUUGGUUCAACUCAGUAUGGAGCCAUAUGAAGGAAGAACGAGAAAUUAUUGAUAAACAAAAAAAUCAAGGCACUCUUCAGCUUCAGCAGGCACUUGCUCUUUCGGAAAAGAAAAUAAAAACACUUGAAGAAGAAUUUCAACUAUUGUAUUACAGUCUUACUAGUGCCCGGAUAUUCUUUAGAUAAUAUAUUUUGUAUUUAUCAAUAUUGUGUAUAAA